AUGGAUGAAGACCUGGACCCGGUGAGCCAGGGCGCGCAGGAAACCAUCCAGGGGUACCAAAUCAUCGCUGUGGACCUGAACCUAGUCCUCUCGAAAGCCGCGCGAGCGAAAUACAACGAGAUGACUGCCCAGGUGGACCGAUCGAUCGUCUUCACCGGGGGCGGACUGGAGUUUUUGCUACCGCCAGGCUCUCUAGGCCUUGAUCAUGGUGCUCCUGCGAUGCAUCGCGGUCCUCAGCAGGUUCUGAAUAUCGCGAGGGUGCAGCGGGUCGGGAAAGACAUCCAGGCCCACCACGCUCCCUCGCGAAUUGUUCCCGAACUCGCACUCCGUCUCAUGCUGGCAUCUCAGACCUCAGUUUUCUCUUUCCGAGGCUAUUUUGCCCCUCCCUCUCUGGUAGUCACAAGGCACAAUGUCAUUUUCGCGCAGGAGGGUCUUCAUUUCCAGCUGUGA